AUGCUAAAACUACAUUUAUUCAUCAGCCUUCUCAUCUAUAGGGCGCGCGCGGAACUUGUAUUUUGGCGUAAGUCCAAAGAAAUUACCUGGCAAGGCCAUAUGUUUAUUUUUACUCGUAGUUUUACCUGCAAGGGUUUUCUUACUGCUUCUCUUAAGGACUGUACAAUCCUCACCAUUUGAUUAUUCCAUUUGAAGUAUGUCUAGAGUUAUCCAUUAAAUAUACCACAACAGGAUUAAUAAUUGCAUUGACUGGUCUACAUAGUAUUCACUGCCCUUGCAUGUAAUGCCCUUCCUUAUGACAUCUAAAAACAAUACAUGAGAAACUUUACCUGUCUAAAAGAAUAUAAUGAGGAUUUAUUUACUUGUUUACGUUACGGUUCAGAUUUCUAACAUCAGCUGCAUUUUACAGAAAACGGCAUGGUUAUAAUCCAGCACCCAAUUUACACUACAGACGAUUUUUAUUUGCGUUUGUCGUCCUAAACUAGAUAUGCUAUCUCAUCAAAUGCUGUCGGAAAUUCUGAACUUAGUUGCUAUUUCGGAAAGACUGCUUUGGUGGUUUGUAAUAUCGCUUAUUGCGUGGCAUAUUUCUAGGACAGUUUGGACGUUUUACGAUGUCGGAUUUUAGACGGGCUCCUUUCUGAAACUCUUUAAAAUCUACAUUCCGUAAAGAAUAGCCACUUAUGUAUGUAAAUAUGUCUCUUCCACAUUGAUGCCGAAUGCCCGUAUAAAAUCAAAUAUUUCUAUAGAAAUGUAUUUUAUCUCUUACGCAUUACACAUAAAAUUGGCUCUGUUAGUGCUAUUUAUAAGGAAGGAGCGUCUUUAGGUUUUGGGAGUCUUAAUCCUGAGGUCUUUUAAGACCGCAAAAUGUUCGCUCAAGCGGUAUCGCAUAUGUAAGUCAAUUGCUGCUGUUGAUAAAUUAGGCAACAUGCUUUAUCCACUGCAAUCUUGUAAGGGGCUUACCAAACGUCUUCUUACUAGUUCAUAAAAUUGUGCGAUAUAACUUUCACGGAAAGUACGAAGUUUGUAGUUUGGAAAGACUGAAUGCAAGCGCAACAGCGGUCAGGUUCGAGGCUAUUCAGUAUUGAAAACGUUUUUUUAAAACUGAGUGAUACUCUAUCUUAUAGCAUUAUAUAUGAAGGAGACGUAAUCUGCAACCUAAUUUACAAAUAAAUGAACAUUUUCGUGCACACAUUCAAAUAUAGUUAAUGCAAGUGUGCACAAAAGUAUUUUAAUUUUUCACUUAUUAGAUAAAAAAUUGACUCUGCAAAUUUUAUUUAUAGGGAAGGAACGUAUUUAGGUUCAAAACGUUUUAAUCAUGAGGUCUUUUUAGACCGCGAAAUGCCCAAUUAUGCAGCAUCACCUCAGUGAGUAAAUCGAUUCUGCAGAUAAAUUAGGCAACCUGUUUACAUCCACAGUAAAAUUUUAAGAGGCCCACAAUACGUCUUCUUCAUAGCUCAUAUAAAUGUGCGAUGUAAUUUUCACGGAAACUAUAAUGUUUGUAAUUUGCAAAGCAUGAAAGCGAAUGUAAUGGCAGGUCGGUUUCGAAAUUAUUCGUAAAGCAAAAGGUUUUUUCCAACUAGACGAUAAUUCAUAUUUAAGUGCUACAUUCUGACGACGACGUAGUCAUCUGCCAAAUAUGUAGAAGAAAGAACAUUUUUGUGCAUGUUUUCUACAAGGUAUGUUUGAAUUUAUAAGAACAUCAAAAAUAAAAUGCAAAACAUCGCUCCAAUUUCGUACCCACUUAUAGAUGAGCGUAGCUUAUAUGGGCGGUCAGAAAGAAACUCGUUUAAAAGUCAGCAUCCUGUCCUGACUGAAAUAUAUUGAAAAUACGCCACGUGAUAAUUGAUUGAGAACGCUUCUUUAAUAAUUUUUUAAAGUUGUAAACUCAUCUCUGAACUUCAGUUGACAUUUCACCAAAUUAUCUAUCCACUGUAACUUUCACUGACUGAAAACACUACUUACUCGCAUUUUAAGAGGUUAUCCCUAGUCUAAGUCCAAUUUCGACUGAUUGAAAUCAGCACUACAGAGUCACAAGUUAUUCUUCCACUGCUUCUUAUGGAUGUGACUUGCAAUACUGACUUUUAUCUCUUAACUGCUGUGCAUAUUGUAUGCGUUCGAAGCGAUAAACAGAAGGGGAUCGCUGAUGUGGGAGGCAGAAUGCAUCGAAGCUGCCUUCUCGAUUUCUUAAUUCCAGAUAGCUGUUGACGAGUAUUACCACCAGUUGCAUCAUAAUCGUCUUUGACUUCCUAUACUGAGGGUGCUAAGAUAUCAAACAUAUCAAAUAUCCCAAAAAAUAUCAUUCGAAGGCUCUUUGUCUAUGCAGCCUCCCAGCUGUAUGUGCGACCGGAGUAUGAGACUGCCACAGUGCUUCGAGUGUUUUGGCGCGGAUAGGAGCUGAAGGAUGGGACCUCUUGAAGGAUGACGACUCAGGCUAUACGCGUCACCCUUCUAGGUCAAAAAGGUCUGUAGGCGUGUGCUAUGCCAGCAAACCAUGGUCCUCGCAGCCUGGUGUGCGCUGGCGGUUCCCUGACGCCUGGUUCCCUGCCGGUAGAUUCGCCUGCGCUCCCGCACAUUGAUGGGCAUGGCUGCCCAUUCAUCCUCGUCGCUUUGGCCCCUGUUGUUGGCGAGAUAUACUGGUCAUUUGCUGUUUGAACAAGGGAGUAUGAUUGCGCGCCUAGAUGCGACUCCGGACUUGCAGAUCACCUGCGCUCUUUCCCCAACUCCAGUCUUCUUGACCCUGCCUUUCGUGAAGGUAUGUCACAGCAUGGCACGCCUAAACGACCGCAUAGUUGUGUCCUCAUUCAAAUCAGCAUACUUCUUCAUGCUAUCAUGAAAUUAGACAAUCUGCAGCAGCUAACAUGUGACAAGAAGCAUGCGCAUAAACAUGUUAAGAAGUUGCUCUACUUACGUGACAGGGAAAAUGCAUCAUAUGUUGUUGAUUCGAAUACUGUGUGAAGUUGCGUUAGAAAAAUAAAGCAAAUCAAUUCCACAUUGCAUAGAAAAUAUGCCUGUAGUUGCGCAAAUAUUUAAUUAGACAAAAUAAUUCUUCACAACACUACCAGAAACGUUAUCUUCGGCAUAUGAGAAUCCCUCAAUGCUAUCGCAACCUUGUCAAUAUUGCAACAUGUUAGGGUUCAUGGGAUGUUUUGUGAUUAUGACCUCUUCUUUUUGACAAGUUAUCCAACGCAUAAUCUUCAAUCUAAAGCAUGCCCUAAUGAGGCUGCUGUCUGUAGAAUGCUAAUUCGGACGGAAAACACUAUAAAAUCUCCAGAGAACGUAUAUGGAUAUACGGCCUUUGACAGAACAUGUCACCAAAAUCGAACAUAUAUUGUUAUAAAAAACGCCAAAUUUGUAAGACUCUGGCCUAUCCUACGGACAUGAAGGGAUUCAGUCCACUUUAGCUGCUUACUUAAUCAUUUCUGUACAAUUAUAUAGGCGAGGCAAAUCCAAGGAAUCUUACUGCUGUCGUUCUGGGGCCCACAUCAGUGAAUCUCUCAUGGAAGCCGCCCCAAAUAGAAAUAAAUGGCACGAUAAUUUAUGCCGUGAAAAAGAAUGGCAUGGAUAUGCCUAAUACCACGGACACAGACUACUUACUUUCUGACCUACUUCCUUCAACCAUGUAUAACAUUUCCGUUUUCGGAUUGAUCAACGAAACUGAUUGGAUUUUGCCCGGAAUGCAUACAACUGUAACAACAUUUGAACCAAGUAAGUUCUGAAUUUUACCUUUGCCAAAACUUUCGACCACUACUUUAGUAAGGCCGCCAUCGUAUCCAAAAUCACUCAUAGGCCUUUUAUCCAGCAUUCUCCCCCAGUAGGCUCCCUGUUUAAUGGACAUUAGGCGGUAAAAGUGUACCAGAAAGCACGUUUUUCCCGAUGGGAUGGUUAACCCUAACUCACUUGCCGGCAUUCUACGAUUUUACAUUGGCAGCAGGUUUCUGUCUAAUUUAUAAGUUCGAAUCUAGGUGCUACUGAGCGGUCCAGUCGCUGAGGACAUCGGACACACACUCUUUUUUUUAUCUAGAUGGAUACUGUGUCACGUGACAUCAGGUUCGUCCCUGUCGGCCGUUCUACCAAUAAAACGAUUCGAAUGAAAUGGUCGGGAGUAAGUUGAUGGCGAUUAUGUAGGUUUGGUGGGUUUUCAAAUUCAACCCCAUUAAGCGAAUAUGAAGUCGAAAUAUUGAAGCAAUAAGUAUACGCUUUUCUAUGGAGGGUAUUUCUUUCGAAACUCUUUAGUCUUAAAAGUGAAAUACAACUAUAAUUUUUGCCGCAGUAAACCUUUCAUGGGAGAUGGCCGCAGACUCUGCUCUAAUCACUGUCCAAAACUUACAAAAGUGUAGUAUCUAAUGGUUUGCCAAUCAAAAAUCUGAAGUAUGUUUCCGAUUUAAAAAAGAUUACCUAUGUGGGAUUGGAAUAUUUAUUAUAACUUCACUUAUGUCAGGAUUUUGAAUAAUCUUCUUUUGGACCGGCUGCAUAAACCGCACUCUGCAACUAAUGACUGCAUUUCCAGUAUGAAGGCUUCUCAUUGAUUUUUGAGGCCCUCAUAAGCGCAAUUACAUUUCGUACAAAACAUGCACAAAAUAUUAUCUCUUGUAUGCUUGUGACAUCAGAUCACUUUUUCCUCAACUGUCUACUUGAUGAAAGAGCAUAUUCUGGUUCUAAGCAGGUUCCACCUAUGAUGUAUAUUAUGACCAUUAAACUUCCAUUUAUACGAAAACUCACCUGCACGUUUAUUAAGGCUACCUAUAAAGAACACAGCCUGGUCCACAUUCAUUUCAUCAGUACAUGAGUCCUAUUCGACCUCCUCCUGACACCUUGGAGAACUGUGCAAUAUUCCUGCGACGGGAUGCAUAAAGCAUGUGUUUAGGAAAAUCUAGAUGCAUAUGUAGCGUCAGGCGAGGCAAAAUAUAAUUUGGCAUUGAAAACGCCUAGUUAAGACCGAAGGAUAUACUCUCGUUAAUUGGAAAGGUUGAAGAAGCAAUCUGUUGCCCCAUGCAGACAAGAGACGAUAUUUUGUAAAUAUUUCCUAUGAAAUAUAACUAAGUUAAUGAAGCCAUCCAAAAGAAUAAGAAAAAUUCAAACUACGUAUGGAGUCAUAUUUACAGAGUGUGAUUUAGCAGACGGCAGAAAGGAAGCUCAUUCAAAAGCCGGCAUCCUGGAGUGACUGAAAUAUAUAGGAUUGUGCUGCAUGAUAAUGGAUAUUACAUCCCUACGUAAGUAACCUUAUCGAAUCAAAAACAUAAUUUAGAUUCUCGGUUGACAUUUCAUCUACUGUGUGGCAAGCAACGCGGGAAAUAUAUCUUUUAACCUUAAGGCGUAUUUUCAAAAAAUAUAUGAAAUAACUGGAAAGCGGUGUUAGAAAAGUAAAUAAAUGAAAGGCCAUAUCGUUUGGGGCGGAGAAUUUACUGUACUUUCAUAAAACGUGAUUAGUAUGUUCAACAUUAAGGUCAGCAAAAUGUGAAAUAAUUGGGAUACUGAGAUUUUGCCGUAUGAAUAUUACCCAGUGGUCGCGUAACCACGUGGAUUAACAGCUGUCCUGCGAAUGUCCGACUUUCCUAACAGCGACGGUAUUUAACUAUUUGAUCAUGCUGAUGUUGUCGAUAGUGGAGAUUUCAUCACGUUAGUUGGCUGAUUACCCAGUCGCCUGAAUCCUCAUCUCUGCCAACAAGAAAUUUCUCUCUGCGAAGGCAUCGUGAGAACGAUAACUCUGGUCAGACAAAGGGCACGAAGGUACUAUGAAUGAGGGAAGGAGAUCUUGGUGAGUAGGCGAAUUGCGUCGUUAACACGCUCUGCAAUAAUUUUGCCCCUGGUGAACUCGAAAGUGUGAUCGGACAUUCAAGGCAGAGCUAGCAUCGUAGACUUCAUGUCACUUUACCACUGUGCUAAUUCCUACUACGAUGUGCGUUCCGGGAUCAAAAUUUUCGUCCUUUUGACUGGCAACGAUGGCUUUAAUUUGGCCGGAUCGCAAGGAAGAAAUGUACGCCUUCCCGAAUCAGUGUAUUCUAAAGCCCCAACCCUCGAUGGCAUCGGGCACCCUGUGUUCUGCGCGCAAACUCUACUGUCUAGGAUAGCUCGUUGUCCGAGAACCUUUCUGGCUAUUGGAGUGGUCGUAUUUUCGAGUCGACCCGUUGGUGCAGUUGCCCCAGUAGCAGGUUGUUUUACGAGACUUCUUGACGGUAUUGCCGUGCAGAUCUUAUGCCGCCAAGAAGGUGUAUUUCAUCUAUCAUGAACCCCUCCAGAGUUCUAUUGUCAACGGGCGCCCGCGCGAUGGCACAAUCGUCUACUGACGUCCAUCGGCCAUUUAUUUUCCAGGGCUACUAUGUCGACGUAUUUGCCCUUUGAGACAAAUCCCGCUCUUAAACUUAACGAUUGAUUUCUUCUUUCCAGGAACUUUCCAAAAUAAAGCGUUAUUAAUAAAUACCCGGUUACAUGGCUUAAUGCGUAUUAAUAAGGCGGCCAAACAGUUUAUACCAUGACAAUAUAUGGUUGUUAUUGACGCACUAGUUGAGACUUAAACUCAUCGACACUUUUCUGCGAUCUUCUUCCCCAAAUGAAUACGGGUCCUUUUAUUGUCCAUUCUAAGUGCAGGCAUUCUUUCAGGCGAUUUGCGUUGAAAUAAAGUAGAAAACAGGGUAAUAGGAUAAAUAUUAGUUCUGCCGAGAUGGCAAUUGCAUUUUUGCAUUAAGGAUGGGAAAAUGUAAUCUUCUGACUUAACUCGUAAUGCCUGACCCGCAGUGAUCGAUGCGCUCAACGCUUAAAACAGGCCAACGCAUUCCACUACCUGCACUUCUAGUACGACUGGCGUGAUUUAUUUUCGCUCAAGUAUGGGAACGGAUUUUGAAUUUUGGACAUAUUAUACUAAUAUUCCUAUUUGCGAUACAGUCAAUUUGUUUCUAUCCCCACAUCUAGGUCCGAACAAGGCAUUCUCUGUGUGUCAUCGCUUUUGGCUGUCCUUGUCUACCGUCGUUUUCAGUUAUGCAUUAUUUGUAAUUUAA